UGGAAUCCACACCCUCCAUCUGCAGACUGCUUAUCAUGUUGAGACACCUCCUUGUCUUUGUUUCUUCCAGCUGGCAGUCUCUCCAAAUAUUGAACAUAAGCUGAACAUACAUAAAAAUCUAAGCGGGAUACUCGGGGAGCAGUCAAGAGGAUUUUCACAAAGUUCACAUACCAAAUGUCCUACUGACACGCUCUGGGGCGAUGGAGUCUCCAGAGUUAUCCAUGCUGUCCUCCUUGCGGGGAGAAUUAAAAUCAGAGGAUUACAUCCCACCCCACUAUAAGGAGACAUACCGCCUGGCGAUCGAUCGCCUGGCCAGCGGCGGCAGAGACAGUUACCAGGAGUUCCUCAAGGGAGAACGUAUCGGGAGCUUCCUCUCGGAGGAAGAGCUUCUCUUCAUCACUGCAAACGCAGAACAACUCCCACCUCAAAACCAUGCAGAGGAAAUCACCGGUCCAUCGGACACCACGUCAUCCUCGGGGACGUACUGGCCCGUCCACUCGGAUGUGGACGCGCCAGACUUGGAUUUGGGGUGGCCGCAGGCCAUGCAUGAAACACUGCAGACAAAUAUAGAUCUGCUCUUUAAUCCACCCAGACAAAACAACCCCACCAUCAAAGAGGUGAUUCGGAAGCAUAUUCAGGAUGCGAGACAGGUCAUUGCCAUUGCGAUGGACAUGUUCACUGAUGUAGAUAUAUUCAAAGAAGCUGUGGACGCCUCUGUACGAGGAGUUCCCGUCUACGUGCUUCUGGACGAUUACCAUUUGAAAGGUUUCCUCAAGAUGGCUGAAAAUCAAGAUGUAAAAAUUCAACAACUCAGAAACAUGAGGGUGCGCACUGUGAAAGGUCAGGAUUACCUCUGUCGAUCGGGAGCUAAAUUUCAUGGGGCAAUGGAGCAGAAGUUUCUUUUAGUCGACUGCCACACGGCCAUUUAUGGCUCAUACAGCUUCACAUGGUCAUUUGAGAAGAUUAAUGUGAGCAUGGUGCAGGUCAUCAAGGGCCUCCUGGUGAAGUCUUACGAUGAGGAGUUCCGAACACUCUUCGCCCGGUCGACUGUGCCAGCUGAACUCUGCCCCCCAGAGGGUUUGUUCCAACGCAACGGUCUAAAUGGACGACAGAUUUUGCCAAAUUCUCAUUCUCCCCAAAAAAUUGAGCGGAGGGAUCAGUUGAGGCAUACACUGGACACAGUCUAUCGGAAGACCUGCGAGAGGAAACAAGGCCUGAGAAACCUCGAGGACAGGCUCUUAGAAGAGGAACCUUACGAGUUUGGGCGCCAUAUUGAGAACGGGAUCGGUGUUCACAACCAGAUGCCACAAUAUCAGUCCACAGAGACGAUGAACUUCUUGAAAAGGCACAGCUACGCUGGGGAGAGACAAGACGGACAUAUGCCACAGAACAUCCGGCCCAUGGGUAGCAACUGGAAUAUCUCUCGAGAAACAGUAAAUGGAACAAACCACUACCCCGUGGACAAUUACCUAGUGCCACAGAUGCAAAGAGGUCAAAACGUGCGUCAGUCUUACAAUGGCAACGACAAACAGAUUAUGUCCAUGCAGCAGAACAUGCCAACGCUAGAGAAUACAUCCAAAUCGUUCAUGCGCACUUUGAGGAUCGAGUCUUACCUCAAAAACCCUGACGUCCCAUUCGGAGACUCAUGUGACUAUUUAGACCAGUUUGAACCACAGGACAAAGCUAACUCCUUCAUGCAGGGAAGGAUGAGGUCUUCCCUUGUUUUCAGGUCCACCAUACCAGAGCAAAUGGAGCCAAACAGACCCAUUAACAACAACAUGAACACUGGUGUUAACCCCUCAGCAGCACCAAACACUCCUUUUCACUACUCAUCUAUGCAGUGGAAUCCAACAGCAGCAGGUGGAAAUAGAUUAAGUAAUGAAGAGUUCAUGUUAAAGAAGCAAAGUUUGCAGAUUCCGGAUGACAAUCGGAAUAACGCAGGCUAUGGUCCAGGUAGAAACUCUUUCAACUCUGUAUACGCCAGCUUAGGCAGAGCUAAAGGUGGACACAUGAUCCCAAACCCAGACAUCAUGACAGAUAAUUGGAACAAAAGGCAUAGUGUGGCCGAUCCGAGAUCAAAUGCUGAAUACCCGAAGGAAUCCUCGGGUCACAUGUAUGGAGCUCUCGCAAGACAGCAAGUGAACAGAAGCACAGUGGAGAUAAAUGCACAGAGUGGAGGAUACGGGUCGAAUCUGAAAGAGGAUCAGAGAUCUGCUUCUCAUUACGAUGUCAAGAAUAUCACAGGCACAAAGAGCCCCGGUACUCCCAUGUGGCAGGAGCCGCCAUCCAGGACUUUGUCCGCAGCAGCCCUUAAUGUCAAUAGCAAGGAUUUAACACCUAAAUCCACCAGCAUGGGCUCCCACCAUUUCCUAAAGAACGGUUCCAAGAAGAUAAAAUCGUUACUGAACAUACCAGAGAAAAAAGAGGAUUCAAUAGGAGUCAAGGAAACACCGAGUAUGAAGUCAGGUUGCAGCACAGACACCUUAACAGCUGAGGAUGAGCAUAGGAUAUCAUAUCGCCAAAGCACAACCAACUCUAUCAGGUCCUCCUCGGAGCAGCAGAGGAAACGGAUAGAGGAUGACCACCGAGAAUCUUCAAAACCUCGAUUCAGAACUGAGGAGCAACACAUUCUGCCACAGGUCUCUCUCUCUAAACCUGACGCACACAAGAAACCCAGCGUUUUCGACAGAAGCGCAAGACCCGGCAUCGACUCAGCAACCUGGAGCAAAGAUCGCGGCACAGAGACUCGCCUUUACAGCCGAUUUGAGCCUUUCUUAGAAAAGAAACCCUCGAUACGCUCCCCACACAGCUUUGGAAACGGACACUCUCAAGAGAAAACCAAAGGCCUUCCUAGAGGCGAGGCAUCUAUCGAACACAACCUCACCCGGGCUGCACGAGGGCACCAUGAAAAUAAGCUGGAGAAAUUCAUUCAUAGAGUGGGAAAUCUCAUACACAAGAACAAGCAGUGAGACUACACAGGUCACCUAUACACGAAUCCGGGGAAAUACCCACCCGAUUCGAUUGUUAUCAGGCCAUUAAAUAGGCGUUAUAAGUUGCUAUAAGCACCAUAGAUGUGGGUCAUUAGGGGCCUACUACACCUACUACGUUGUUAAAGUGAAAGUGAAACGUUACGUUUUGAACACACGUUUUGUUUGUGUUAGGUUUAGGCAAUAAAACUACAACUUCUCUAGGUUUCGGCAAAGAAAAACGUGUUUUGGGUUAAAAAUAACUACGAACACAAAGACAACUACACAUUGUUGGUUUCACAUGGGAUAUAAACUCCGGUUUCCUGGGUGAAACCCUGUGUUUUGAGUUUCACACUGUCUAUACUACAGUGCUUGACUUUCGCUUCUGCUCAUGUCAUAAUUACUACGGUCGCUAGAGGUUGCUGUCAUGUACUUUUAUACUUUCUUUCCGGUGAUCUACCAUGUGAAUAGAUGAUAAAACCUACUAUUGGGUGUAGUAGGCCCCUACUGACCCACAUCUAUGGGGCUUAUAGCAACUGAUAACGCUUAUAGCCUGACAACAGUCUAAUCGGCUGAAAUACCAGAGGUAAACAGGUCGGCAUUACUGCGGUGGCGUCUGCACGUGUGAAUGCAAGCUGUCCUAAGAAGUGUACAAUUUUCUACUUUUACAUUUACUUUCUAUGUAACGUUACCUUUGACAACGAUGUUUAGGAGUUUGGGAAGAAUUUGAGUUUUCAGCUGCCUAACGUUAGCGUAACAUGGUGAAACAAGUAACGUCAGCUAAGUUAACACUGCUUAGCUAACAUUAGCUAGCGUUAGUGGGCUAAAGAACCUGUUUGAGAAUAAAUUAACUCAAUCAACGAACUGUGGCGUUAUUGUGAAAUAUAGUGUUAGUUGUUCUAACUACUUCAUGACCACAAACUAAACAUCAUUAAUCGGUCGGCAUCACAAACAGAACACGUUCAAAGCGUCUGCUUACUGUGUUAACUGACUCCGCUGAAUGCGUCGUGGUUGCUUGUAAAAAGGCUUCAAUUUUACUUUUUCACAAUUUUAAAUACAUACUCAUGUGUUUAUUAUCUACGCCAACUAGUGACUAUGAGCAACCAAAGACGCAUUCGGCGGAAAGUCACACAGUUAGCAGACACUGAGUCAGUUGCGUCUGAAAUCCCAUACUAACAUGCUAUUUAGUACGCUACAACAGUAUGUGAGAUAUUUUAGUAUGUCCGAAACCGUAGUAUGAAACCAAUAGUACGCAAAUUGCAUACUAUUUCCGCUGAAAUAUUAUAAGUAUGCAAUGCUGGACUAUACAGCGCCAUAAAUAUCCCACAAUGCAAUGCAGUAGUGAUGACAACGUUCAUAACAGACGUUGACGGACGGCUCUGUAACAUCAAUAAUGCUUCAAUUUAACUGUAAGUAUAAGAUUUCACUU